AUGUCUCUCUCGAGCAACUUUUGGAGUAAACAGCUAGAGAAAAAGCUGGAGUCAUUGAACACGCCACCCGUGCAAAAGCACCCUCAAGCUCCUGCGGAAUUGGAGAUUACUGAGGAAGAUGCACCACCGGUGUAUCUUGAACAUAUUCCGGAGAUGCCACCAGCUUAUCGUGAAAUCUUCAUCGAGCUAGAGGGAGCACUGGCCACCGAGGGAGCACUGGCCGUCGAGGGAACACCGGCUGCGGAGGGAACACAGGCCGCUGAGGGAACACCGGGCCCGGAAGAAACGCCAGCAAUAGAGGAAACACCAGCCACCGGGGCAACACCGACCGCUGAAGGAACACCGCCCGCCGACGAACCUCCUGAAUCAUUUCUACGUUUUUUGGUUCGCCUCGGAAAGAAAAUGCUUAGUAGCGUCUGGGGCUCGAUCCGUGAUUUCUUAUCCUUUGUUAGAAUAUUGGCGAAGAAGGCUGAAGAAGAGCAACCUGACCCAGCUCCAUUCGACCUUGAAAAAGAGAUUUUGGACAUGUGUGAAAAGCAAAAGGUAAGAGAUGCCGAGAGCAUUGACGAGGCGGGCAAGGCGUUGAAGGAGAACCUUAAAAAUCGCUCGCCGCAGGAGCAGCGCAGAGGAUUGACAGUAUGGGGGAAGAUUCUGGGGUGGGUGGGGGAUGCAUGGAAUGCCUUCAGGGGAUGGAUGGGGGGUGCCUGGAAUGCCUUCAGGGGAUGCCUUCAACAACUCUUCAGCGGCAUCCGCGGUAUGAUGGUAAAGGUUGGCGAUGUUUUUCUCAAGGCAUGGAAGUGGCUAUCUAGUUGUACUGGACCUUCCCUGUGA